UUUGGUCGUUUUUCUUGACUGAAAUGUACGUGAAUUGAGAGUUGCGAAUUUUAUUAUACUGAUAGCUUAUAACCACAAUGCGCAGACAUGUAAAGCUGGGCAUUAAACAGCUGACUAGUGGUUACACCAAAGGCCAGCUGACUCCUCAAACUGUAGUGGAGCAUGCCUUGGAGGAUGCCGUUAAGUUACAGACAUUGAAUGCAUUUAUACGCUUAACACCUGAACAAGCCCGGCAGCAGGCCAAGGAGGCCACAGACCGCUAUGCAAAACAACAAGCCAAAAGCAACUUGGAUGGCGUUACCAUUGCUAUUAAGGAUAAUUUCUGCACAGCAAAUGUGCCAACUACUUGUGCCUCACGCAUGUUGGAGAACUUUGUGCCGCCUUAUGAUGCCACAGUCUACGCCAGAUUGCGUCAAGUCGGUGCUGUAUUGCUGGGUAAGACAAAUAUGGAUCAGUUUGGCAUGGGUGCCGGCACUGUAGACUCGAUUUAUGGGCCUACCAAGAAUAUUUGGAGUGCAGACUUAAGCCAAGAUAACUGGAGGAUAGCAGGUGGUAGUUCGGGAGGUUCGGCAUCGGCUGUGGCAGCUGGCUUGUGUUUUGCAGCAAUUGGGUCAGACACCGGUGGAUCAACGCGUAAUCCAGCUUCCUAUUGUGGCGUCGUGGGCUUUAAACCUACCUAUGGUCUUUGCUCACGUCAUGGCCUAAUACCGUUGGUAAAUUCAAUGGAUGUGCCCGGCAUAUUGACGCGUUCGGUUAGUGACUGUGUAGAAGUUUUAAAUGCUGUGGCUGGACCGGAUGCCGGACCGGAUUCAACUACCAUACGAAAGACUUAUAAAAAGCUAACAUUGCCUGAAGUGGACCAAAUUAAUCUGCGUACUUUGCGCAUCGGCAUACCCAAAGAGUAUCACUGUGAAGGCUUGUCUGCCGAAGUUUUGGAAACGUGGACAAAGAUUGCCGAUUUAUUGGAAACUGCUGGAGCCAAAGUGCAUCAGGUGUCGUUGCCAAAUACAGCGGCCAGCAUUUUUGUGUACUCAAUACUAAAUCAAUGUGAAGUAGCAAGCAAUAUGGCACGCUACGAUGGCAUUGAGUAUGGACAUCGGGCUAAUGAUGAGCGCAGCACGGAACAACUUUAUGCCCAAUCCCGCGCUGAGGGCUUUAACAAUGUUGUCAAAACGCGUAUACUGACGGGUAAUUUCUUGCUUCUUCGGAAGAACUAUGAUGACUACUUUGAAAAAGCUCUGCGAGUGAGAAGAUUAAUAGCUGAAGACUUUAUCAAAGUAUUUGAGACUUCCACGGAAACAGAUCGUGUCGAUAUACUAUUAACGCCAACUACUUUAACCGAUGCACCGCUCUACAAGGACUUUUCGUCGCUAACAAAUCGUGAUCAGUGCGCUGUCCAGGACUUUUGCACGCAGCCAGCGAAUAUGGCUGGAGUACCAGCUGUAUCCAUACCUGUGCGUUUGUCUAAAGCGGGUUUGCCGCUAAGCUUGCAGCUUAUGAGCAACAAUCUGAAUGAACAAUUGUUGCUAACAGUUGCGCAUUGGAUUGAAGCACAAGUUGGUUUUGAUUGUUUACAGAGCAUGAAUAAAACGUAAUUAUAUGGGAUUGUAAGGCCUAUCGAUUAAUGUU